CAACCCAGACCUAAACUCCUCUCCGAUCCCCACCAAUCCUCUGCGAUGGCCUCGACCUUCCGCGCCGCCGCCCGCGUGGCCUCCGCGGCCUGCCGCUCGGCCGCCUCCCGCUCCAUCCCCUCCGUCGGCCGCUCGGCCGCACGGCACGCCCCGUGCAUCUCCAGGUUGCCGGUGGAGCUUGGGUGCGUCGCGGGGAUGUCGCUGCUGCCGCUGCACAGCGCGGUGGCCGCCGCGAGGCUGACCUCGCGGCUCAGCACGGCGUCCCGGAGCUGCUGCGCGCUCUCUCAGGGCACAUGACUUGCUAGUUCAUGAAAGGUAUUGUACUGGGGCUUGCUGUUUUGCUUCACAAUCAUCAAGCAUGACUGCCUAAACAUGUCAAAUUUGGAUCUGAAGAUUAGUGUUAUCUUAUUUACGUAGAAUCAUUAGCUGUGCUUGUUGAAGACCAAUUUGAUGGAUAAAAUGCACCAUUUUCUGCAGUGGUUGAUCCUUAUAAAGCCUACCUGUCUGUGAGAAAUAUAUGCAAUAUUAUUUAUUCAGUAACCAUAUAAUUGUCUCCUGUUUGCACUCUGAGACACUUGCAUUUGCUCUUGAAAUACUAUUUAAUAAAGUGGCUUUCUUUAGUC